AUGAGCGAUCCUUACGAGGUGAGCCCUGAUGAGGGUGAGUCGUCAAAAUGGCCAACGAAUGCGGCUCCACGGCCAUUUCGGGGCGAGUUUCGACAAAUUGCCAAUCAAACGAAUUAUCCUGCAUGGAAUCCGUAUCUACACACGCUCGGCAAUAAACUACAAGUGCUCAAAUCACAUUCGGUAGCCGAAGGCUUAGUUCCUAUGUAG